AUGUGGGCACUCAAGAACUUGAAUCUAGAUUGGGAUGUCGCAUCAAGUCAAAGGUUGAAUGAGUUUAAUGAGCUCGAUGAGUUUCACCUCAAAGCAUAUGAAUGUCCAGCCUUGUAUAAGGGCAAGAUGAAGAGGAUGCGUUUGUUUCCUAGCAAGCUCAAUUCUAAGUGGACUAAGACAUUCAUAGUGGUACAAGUGUUUUCACACAAAGCGGUUGAACUUGAGAAUAAGGAAGGAACAAGAUUUAAGGUGAACGUUCAAAGGAUUAAAGUCUACUUGGGUCAGCUGGAAGAAGUCAAAGACGCAAUCGAAGAAUGGGAUCUUGAUGAAGUUUGA